GUUAUGACAUCGACAACAAUUAUAUAGUUAAAAUAUUGAAUACCUCACAUACAUGUCUUACUGUGUUUUAGUUCAUUCUAUUGAUUAAAUGAUCAUCAAUUGUAUCAAUUAUAAAAUAAUAAUAGUAAAAUUUUAAGGUUAGAGGCUAAUAGAGAGCGUUAGAACUAACGUUACUUAUUUCAAAUAAGGUUUGAGAAACCUUGACUUGGCUCACAAUUCACAAUACAACUAAAAUUGUGGCUUUGUUGGAGUAGAAUAAUCUAGUGAUUUGGUUAUUUAAUUACACUAUUAUUAACUGUUAAAAUUAUUCAGAGUAUUUUUAGGUACUCUUUAGUAUUUUUUAUAGAAUCGUAAACAUGUCUAUUACUACGGAUGGCGAUUUGAUAGAUAAAGCAGUGGAGAAAGAAGAGCGUCUACAAAGGAUAAAAGGUGGUGCUUUUCUAUCAGCAGUUGCUGGAAUUUCAGCAUUUGUAGGAUUUAGUGCCACUUUAGCAGCUGCCAAAAAAGCCGAUCCGAAAUAUUUUAAUAAAGGGUUACAUAGCAGUGCUGAGUUAGCAGAUGCUGGUGCUAUCUUAGCACUUAGAGCGCUUGGUUGGGGUACUCUCUAUGCAGUGGCUGGGACUUCAUGUUUGUGUUAUAGUAUAUGGAAGCUGUCUGGUGCUCAAAAUCUCAAGGAGUUUAGAAUUAAAAUGGGCAACAUAUUACCCGAACUACCUAAAAACAACCCUCCUCAAUCUAGAACAGAAUUUACUGGUCUUAAUGACCUAUUAACUUAUAUAUCAGAAGAAUAUGGAAAACCAGUUAAAGGAAAUUAGAAUAAUGUGUGAAACAAAAUUUGUAAAUAAUUAUUUAUUUAGUAAAAAUAUGUGUAUUAGUUUGUUAAA